CACAAGUAUUAUAAGUACGUCGGAGGUGACGACAUAGAUGGCUACCAGUCACUUCAAAAUCUUGUCAAGUUUUUGAAUGCGACCAAUGAUAGAUACAAAUUAUUUGAUUUGGUAUACUUCGUAACAGGGUACGACAUGAUUAUACUACAGAGCUCUAGAAGAGAGGAGAGUCUUGGAGGCUACGCAUUUGUGGCAUCCGUCUGCACUGACCACCGGGUGCAGCUUGGCGAAGACAAGGCAAACACAUACAAAGGGAUUCGCAUCACAGCACACGAAGUGGCGCACACGUUGGGAUGCUCGCAUGACGGCACGUCUGCUCCUGGUCUCGCGAAAACAUUUGUACCCGACUCUUUAGGAUGCCCAUGGGAUGACGGCUACAUUAUGAGCUACAAGGAAGAAGACAGCAGGAGUAUGAAGUUCUCUUCUUGCUGCCAGUACGAUAUGGCCCGGAUGUCAUGGUCAUUUGAGGGCUGGUGUUUGCAUACGAACGAUUCCAAGGUGAUGCCCCUCAACUGGCAGAAUUCUUACAGACUACCAGGGGAAUUUUUGAACAGAGAUGUGCAAUGCAGACUUACGUACCCAGAGCUCUACAGAACUUACUAUAUGAGAAACAUGAGGUCCUGGAACUGCAUGGUUUAUUGCUUUGUACCAGGAGAUCAGUAUGGAGGAGCUAAUCAUUACUGGCCUAUGUACCUUAUAGAUGGCAGCCCUUGCGGGCCGCAAAACAGCAGUGUAUGAGUUCACUCAGUGAUCAUUCUUUUCGGAUUGAGAAUUUCAUAGUGAAAUUGGCGAACUUUUUUCAUCAAGUUUCCCAUGAUUUGUGUUGUUAUUAAGGGCCACAUGUGGAUUUCGACAAUGCAAUUUAUCUUGGCCUUUUGUUACUAAUUCAGCAGCUUUAUUAUGAAAUUCUCAUGGGAGAAACAAAAACGGAAAGGAAGUCGCAUGUGCAUUGGUGCAUGCGAUAUUGGUUCUGUCGUGUGUGUGUGUUGCGUUGUCAGAAAGCAGUUACGCAAGCC